AGCCAUUGCAUAAUGCAGAUUGUGCUGUCCCUGGAAGAGAGCAUCAGCGAUCACAAGCCCAGAAAGGCCAGAAAGGUAAUAUACUGAAGAUGCUCAGGGACAACAUCGUGGAGAAGCCCCUGCAGCAACGAGUCUACAGCGCCGUGGCAGCGGUACUGAAGACGGCGCGGCAAUGCAAGCGGCGGCAGAUGGCAACGAAGGACCGCAUCAAGAAGAUAGAGCGUCUCGUGCAGGUAGGUGUAUGCCAAGUUUUGGAAAACUUGCCAACACCCCUGCACGCGAUGAUUUCCGCCCAGAUGCGCAACGAGGGAAGACCCAUCUACGGACGACGCUUCACGGAAGAGGAGAAGGUACUAGCACUAAGUAUUUAUAAGCAAAGUCCAAAAGCGUUUCGAUAUUUGUAAAAAUUAUUUCUUUUGCCAAGUAUCGAAACGCUUCGGAAAUUAUUGUCGCACAUUCCACUAAGAGCUGGAAUUUGCGACAACGUAUUCCAUGAACUCGAAGAGCGGUCCGAGUUCUUUCAAGACGAGAAAAGCAGGUACGCUAUUCUGCUUUUCGACGAAAUUAAAUUAUAG